CGCGGCGCGGGCGAGCCCACGGCGCGGCGCCCCCCGCGCGCGCGGCCCCCGCGCGGCGGAGCAUGAGCGCCCGGGGCCGCCGAGCGCGCGGAGCCGGAGCCGCGGCCCCGACGCUCGGGGGCUGAGUCCGCGCCGCGACCAUGUCGGUGGCCUUCGCGUCCGCGCGGCCCCGCGGCAAGGGCGAGGUCACGCAGCAGACCAUCCAGAAGAUGCUGGACGAGAACCACCACCUGAUCCAGUGCAUCCUGGAGUACCAGAGCAAGGGCAAGACGGCCGAGUGCACCCAGUACCAGCAGGCCCUGCACCGGAACCUGGUCUACCUGGCCACCAUCGCGGACUCCAACCAGAACAUGCAGUCCCUGCUGCCCGCCCCGCCAACCCAGAGCAUGAACCUGGGUCCCGGGGCACUGCCCCAGGGCGCCUCCGGCCAGGGCCUGCAUGCCCAGGGCAGCCUCAGCGACGCCAUUGGCUCCGGCCUGCCUGCGGCCUCGCUCAUGCAGGGCCAGAUCGGCAACGGCCCCAACCACGUGCCCAUGCAGCAGACGGCGCCCAGCACGCUGCCCACCACCUCCAUGAGCAUGUCGGGCAGCGGCCACGGCUCGGGACCCGGCUACAGCCACGCGGGCCCCUCGCAGAGCGUGUCCCUGCAGGGCCAGGGCGCCAUGGGCAGCUACGUGUCCCGGGCCAACAUCAACAUGCAGUCCAACCCAGUGUCCAUGAUGCACCAGCAGGCAGCCUCGUCCCACUACAGCUCGGCGCAGGGCGGAGGCCAGCACUACCAGAACCAGCCGGCCCUGGCCAUGAUGGGCCCCGGCGGGCAGGGCAGCAGCCUGAUGAGCCAGCGGCCCCUGGCGCCGUACCGGCCCUCGCAGCAAGGCUCUUCCCAGCAGUACUUGGGCCAGGAGGAGUACUACAGCGGCGAGCAGUACGGCCACGGUCAGGCCGCCUCGGAGCCCAUGAGCCAGCAGUACUACCCCGACGGGCACAGUGAGUACGCCUACCAGCAGCCGCCCUACACGGAGCAGAGCUACGACCGCUCCUUCGAGGAGUCCACCCAGCACUACUACGAGGGCGGGAGCUCCCAGUACAGCCAGCAGCAGGCGGGCUACCAGCAGGGCGCGGCCCCGCAGCAGGCGGGCUACCAGCAGCAGUACCCCGGCCAGCAGGGCUACCCCGGGCAGCAGCAGGGCUACGGACCGGCGCAGGGCGCCCCCUCGCAGUACCCCAGCUACCAGCAAGGACAAGGGCAGCAGUACGGGAGCUACCGAGCGGCCCAGAGCGGCCCGUCCGCCCAGCAGCAGCGGCCUUACGGCUACGAGCAGGCAGGUUUCUCUGGCUUCUGA